AUGGCACUGAAAAUUGAGUUUGCUGCUUGCUCUGUGCUUGUAAUACAGCCAGUAUUACAGCGCCAGUAUUUUGUCGAUUACUUGGAGUGGAAAGGCCUGAACCUUACCAGCAAACCCUCAAUACAUCCUGAAACUAUUUACUACUAUCUGCCUCAUCUCCGGAAAAAUGAAGAUGCUAUUUACCCAAAAGUAAUAACUGGGCAGAGCAGAACUGGGGCAUUCCUAGUAAUUGGUAUAUCAUCAGUGCGAAGAAAAAAGGAAAGUUAUUUGAUGAAUACAUUGAAUUCUCUUUUCAAUGGAAUAUCUAAAUAUUGGAAGAAAAAUUGUGUGAUAAUUGUCCUUAUAGCAGAGGUGAACUCAACAUACGUUAAUAGCUUUGCAGGAAGCAUUAAAAGAAGCUUUUCAAAUGAAGUUGUUUCUGGUGCUCUGGAAGUUAUUUCACCCCAUGAAUCCUUUUACCCUGACUUCUCCAAUCUUAAGGAAACAUUUGGCGAUUCAAAAGAAAGAGUGAGGUGGAGAACAAAACAGAAUUUGGAUUAUAGUUUCUUAAUGAUGUAUGCCCAAAAAAAGGGAACAUAUUAUUUACAGCUAGAAGAUGAUAUUGUGGCCAACCCUCAAUAUUUAUAUACAAUAAAUUACUUUAUUGAACUAAAGUUAUCACAGGAAUGGAUAGUUCUUGAGUUUUCUCAACUUGGGUUUAUUGGAAAAUUAUUCCGAUGCAAAGACUUACCACUGAUAGUAGAAUUUUUUUUAAUGUUCUACAAAGAUAAACCAAUUGACUGGCUACUAGACCACUUAAUUUCAGUUAAAGUUUGUAAUCCAGAGAAAAAUGUAAAAGACUGUGAAAGCCAGAAGUCUAAUUUACGCAUCCGUUAUAAACCAUCACUUUUUCAACAUGUGGGAUUUCAUUCUUCUUUAAAUGGAAAGAUACAGCAGUUGAGAGAUGAAGAUUUUGUCGAAACAUCAUUAUUUAGGGAACAUGUUAACCCUCCUGCAAAAAUGAAAACAAGCUUAAAAGUAUUUCAGCAGUUUACUCUAGAAAAGGCUUACAAUGGAAUAGAAAUAUUUUGGGCUUUUACUCCUAAAGUAGGAGAUUAUAUUUUGUUCAGUUUUGAGAAACCAUUGAAAAUAAUAAGAUAUUUAUUCAGAAGUGGAAAUUUUAAACACCGUAAAGACAUAUUGUUUAACACUACUGUAGAAGUUUUACCUAGCAAUGAUAUUAAUUCACAGACUGUAAGAAACAAUUCAAACCACACUACCAUCAUAAAAACUUGGGAUGGAUUUUUUCAGAUAGAUAACUUUGAAGAUGGAGUAGCAGAGGGUGCCAUUCCCCCAUUUUUAGGAAAGAUAAAAGCUUUACGUUUGUUUAUCCAUUCUAAUUCUUCCAAAUGGAUAUUACUAAACGAGAUAUUUAUACAGACCUGA